UAGGGUUUCCAGUUUUACCGGACGAUCUCGAUCGGCACUUGGACCCUUUCAGUUUCACUCUGAGCUGCUCCGCUAGGGUGUACGAUCUUAGCUCACUGAUCUCCGAUGGCUGUGAAGCUCUCCAAGGCUCAGAAGAAGAUCAACUAUGACAAGAAGCUAUGCCGCCUCCUCGAGGAGUACUCGCAGGUCCUCGUCGUUGCUGCCGAUAAUGUCGGCUCGAACCAGCUCCAGGGCAUCCGGAAGGGCCUGAGAGGCGAGUCCAUUGUGCUGAUGGGUAAGAACACCAUGAUGAAGCGCACCAUCAAGCUCCAUGCUGAAAAUACCGGCAACAAAGGCGUCCUCAACCUCGUCUCCUUGCUCGUGGGAAAUGUCGGUCUGAUCUUCACCAAGGGUGACUUGAAGGAAGUGCGUGAAGAGGUCGCAAAGUAUAAGGUGGGAGCUCCUGCUCGUGUUGGCCUUAUUGCUCCGAUCGAUGUGGUUGUCCCUCCUGGCAACACCGGACUGGAUCCUUCUCAGACUUCCUUCUUUCAGGUUCUUAACAUACCGACGAAGAUCAACAAGGGUACCGUUGAAAUCAUCACCCCCGUGGAGCUCAUAAAGAAGGGCGACAAGGUGGGCUCCUCGGAGGCUGCACUUCUCUCAAAGCUGGGGAUCCGCCCAUUCUCUUAUGGCCUGCUUGUCCAAUCUGUUUAUGAUGACGGAUCAGUUUUCAGCCCUGAGGUACUCGAUCUUACCGAGGAAGACCUUGUCCAGAAAUUCGCCAGCGGGCUCUCAGUGGUGGCAGCUAUGUCAAUGGCGCUGUCUUUCCCUACACUCGCCGGGGCACCGCAUAUGUUCAUAAACGCCUACAAGAAUGUUCUGAGUCUUGCAGUGGCAACAGAGUACACUUACCCACAAGCUGAGAAAGUUAAGGAAUACCUGAAGGAUCCCAGCAAGUUUGCUGCUGCAGCGGCCGCACCAGUUGCAGCAGCAGGAGCUGGUGGUGGUGCUGCUGCUCCGGCUGCAAAGGAGGAGAAGGAAGAAGAAGAGGAGUCUGAGGACGAUAUGGUUGCUGGCUUAUUCGAUUAAAGUUCUUUCCCGUCCCCUUAUCUCUUUUAAUUAGAAUCUUUUGCCAACAAGGAAUGUGAUAUGAAGCUUUUAAUUAGUUACUGAGAACCAAUGGUUGCGGCCUUUUCCGUGUCUUUUUCGGUGCUGGAGAAUGUGAUAUGAAGCUUCCUAUGCAGUCUUCGUUC